CAGCUGUGCAUGGAUCUGAAACCCCACCCAAUGAGGAAGGGCAAGUUACAGGGAAAGAGACUGACGGUGAAGAUACUGGGAGCUGUGAUAAACCGGGGAGUGAUUUAACAGUUGAGAGGAAAAUACAUUACGUUUGCACAUAACGUGCAACGAUUUUUUUAUUGAUAAAUCAGGCACCAUAUUAGCUGUACCUGCAUCCUCUGUUAAUUCAGAAACGCGAAGGUAGCUGUUAACUGCCCGUUGACAUUUAAGGCAGAUUACAUCGAGCCGCUUUUCCGAGAUGAUCGCGUUGUUUAACAAGCUCCUGGACUGGUUCAAAGCGCUCUUUUGGAAGGAGGAGAUGGAGCUGACGCUGGUGGGAUUGCAGUACUCGGGGAAGACCACCUUCGUCAACGUGAUUGCGUCUGGCCAGUUCAGUGAAGACAUGAUCCCCACGGUGGGAUUCAACAUGAGGAAGAUCACCAAGGGAAACGUCACCAUCAAGUUAUGGGACAUUGGGGGCCAGCCUCGCUUCAGGAGCAUGUGGGAGCGGUACUGUCGAGGAGUGAGCGCCAUCGUGUACAUGGUUGACGCUGCAGACCCAGAGAAGAUUGAGGCCUCCAAGAAUGAGCUCCACAACUUGCUGGACAAGCCUCAGCUGCAGGGCAUUCCUGUCCUGGUUUUAGGGAACAAGAGGGAUCUUUCAGGGGCCCUGGAUGAGAAGGAGCUGAUUGAGAGAAUGAAUCUGUCUGCCAUUCAGGACAGAGAGAUCUGCUGUUACUCAAUCUCCUGCAAGGAAAAGGACAACAUUGAUAUCACACUGCAGUGGCUGAUCCAACACUCCAGAACCAGGCGAAGUUCCUGAAAACCAGACCUGGUGAAACCAACCUGAGACCAACCCCCCAAGGUCACGCUGCCACCCUCCUCCCUACCCUUCCUACUUAAAAAAAAAAAACAAAAAAAAAAAAACAACCCAUCCAAACUCCCCACGUAAGAGAUCCCUUUUGAUUCUUGUAAAGAGGAUGUGAAAACCAUUAUUUGCACUGUUUUUGAUAUUUUUGUUAUAUACGAUUGUUGUAAGGUAUAAUUUCAACUGGAUAAACUGAUACUUGACAUUCACACAUUACCUUUUCUGUUAAUUUUUUUUGUAGCUCUUCGGUUCUGCCGUUUUUUGGCACACUGGUAGAAGUAACUGGCCUGGGUUAACUUGGUCAGAUCCUGAUUGGUAGCUAAAGUAUCAGUUAUUUGCUAAUCCAGUUACUGCUAUUCUAAUGUGCUGAAAGUGAAGACGUGGGUGUUUAAAUACAGCUGUUCACUUCCAAUAUAUUGGACUUCUAAUGGAAAGUCGGUUGUUGUCCCGAUCCACUGCAUUGAGCUUCACUUUUCAUACUGUAAUUGUGCUGAGAUGUGACAUCAGGGGCGAGAACCGCCUCAAAGUGUGUGAGGUAAUUGUCAAGCAAUUGAAGGAGAGAUUCAAAUAAUCUUGGCUCAGUCCCCGUAUGACUCAAGACAAGUUUGCACAAACAGUGCUAAGCAGAGACCCCCCCCCCCCCCCCCCACCAAAAAAAAUAAAGUGGUACGUUAGCUGGAUUUCUGGUCACGUUAGUUGGGGGUAGAAUGAGGCUGGGGUCUGUGUGUGUGUCAGGAUUCUUCAUGCACUGAAGGCUCAGCGCAGGUCUGGGCUCAGAGACCGACUGCCCUUCUGCAACCUCAGCCCCCAGGAGCCCUGCAUGCGUGUAACAAUUCACACGACAUCUUAAAUGUUCCACAUUUUUUAUAAGUGAUUCAGCACAGAACACGCUGUACAUAAGUAUUGUAUUUACAGCUGUCGAGUUACCUUUGUUUUUUUGCAUAAUGUAUUUUAAUCUUUCAGCCAACGUGUUUUAGUGUUUUCAUUUAUGUGGUGUGGCAAAACCGGUCAUAACUAGACCCAGCAAACUCAUAUGUAUGUAUGUUGAUUAAAUAAAAAAUAUACAUAAAGUCUGACA